AUGAACAGACACAGAGAAUCAGGGAAAAUCCAUCUGUCAGAAGCAAAGACUUCUUGGGAGGAUCAAAGUGGUUGUGAAGUGGCAGCUGGAAAGUUGGAGGUUAUGGAAAAAUUCUUUACCCCACUGCCCCACUCUGCUAUCCGCAGAUCUGCCAAAAAGGAAGAGGAAGAGAGAUCAAGUUGGAAUAGAAUGAAAGACCCAUACAAUAAUGCAUCUCUUUCCUCAUCUUCCCCCUCAUCGUCUUCAUCACAAUGGUCUUCAGAAUCUAGCUUCAGAGGCCAGGUAGGCUUUCCAAGAUACUACUCUUGUGCCCCUCAUUCCCGCUCCUGCAAUGAUCUCUCCAUUGCGAGAGGAAAGAGAAAUACUUAUGAGAAGGAAGCAAUCAAUAUGCAGCAAAAAGGUGCUUCAGAACUAAAGCAACUGGAGAGUACAGAGAAGAUUAUUACCAGUGACAACAGAGUUGGAUCAACUAAGUUGAAGGGAUACUCACCACAAAGAAAGGAUGACACCCAUGGAGGAUUAGAGAAGAAAACCUUAAUAGAAGGUGGCCGGCGAGCCAGGUCCAUGGAAGCACUAGCAGUAAAGCAAAGUGACAAAAGGCAAGCAAAGGACAACAGGAAAGUUAUUGAGCAAAAGCAGAGGUUCUCUCGCUUCCUAGAUGAAAUCACUAUCCAGGUGUUGAGCCCUUCGAAUCUAAAUUCUUUGGGAGUGAAGGAAAGUCAAGUUGUUGGUGCCCUGGACCCAUGGAAGAACUCGAGCACUGACAGCUCAGGUUCUAGAGAAAAAAGAAGACAUGAUGCUAUGACUGAGCGGCAAGAGCAGAGAAGAAAAGGGAGAGGAAAGGGAGAGACAACUAGACCAAAGGUAGGUGCUAAUGCACCCAGUCCUCGCAGGAGUAGAGAUAUGAGCACUAGCCCUGAUUCUGCCUCCUCAUCAGCCUGGAAAAAAAGAACAGUGAAAAAAACACAGAGUCCUCCACCCAUAAAACAAAAUCCCAGAAAGAACAAAGCAAGCAAUCCACAGAUAACAUCCCAAGAAAGAGAAAUAAAAGGCAGGAGUAGGUUAGAACGAAUCCAAUGGAUGAGAGAAGAAGACUGCAAAGGCGAUAGAGCAAUGCUACAAGAACAGGCGCCAUACAUUGAUAACCCUCAAAACUGUGAAUCUUCCAAAGAGCUGAUCACCCAGGUACCUAUCAUACCCCCUCCAGACUGGUGGGGUGACCAUGGGAGUUCUCUGCCAAGACAAAGCAAUGAUAAUGUCCCGGAUACGUCCAGCAGGAACAAUGAAAGCUUUCCUGGCACUGAGCUGAAUGACCAGUCGCGAGAAAAUAAUCUUCAUUCUGCUAAUGAUAAUUUGGAGACCAACAGGGAUUCUCUGAACCAGAAGAUCACUGAACUCCUUGACCAUCUAGUAAGGGCUCAGAGCACCAUCUGCGCAUUGGAGAAACUCAAUGUUUCCUCCUUGCUUCGCCAUUUGCCACCUGAUAUGCUGGAUUCAGUAAAGACGUCACACGUAUCCACUGAUGUAGGCAGUCAUUUUAAAUCUCUACAGGAUACCACAUCAGCUGGCAUCUCCUCAGAGACCUGUUGCCAAGAUUCUAAUGGCAGUAACUUGCAAUGUACUGCAGAAAAGACUAUGGGGGUAUCUACAGGUCCACUACUGACUGCUUUCACCCCGUGGAGUCCUAAAAAGCAGAAGUUUUUGCCCACUCUUCAUUCCAUUUACACCUCGACAGAGAGUGAUUGCAGCUUAGAAGAUGUCCUUCCUGCCUGCAAGCUCCUUCCACCUCGAUUUCCUAUGCUUGGAGAGAGUUUUUCUGAUGAUCGGAAGGAUGGAGUUACUUUGGAUGCUGCUGAAACUAGAACAGAAAACACAGUAUCUGCUUCUUUGAAACCUACUUUUCCUGUUCCUAACCUUCUUCCCACUCAUCGUGUCUUACCUCGUAAACACCACACCAGGCCCAACAGUUCUGAAAGCUCUGGAGAUGAGCUUCACGUUAACUGGGGUCAGAUACCAUCUCAGGAGCUGAACUACCUCUCAGCACAAAAGAUACUAGAUACUAUUUUGGGUUUAAGUAGCUCUUCCGAGCAAAGUCCUGCCACCCACCCCAAAAACAUAGGUGAGUACUCCAAUGCUAAUGUUUCACCAAAUGGUUAUCCUAGAAGAGCUGACCUUCAAUUUACAAUGAGUGAUGGUGUCUCUAGAGGUGAUUCAAACCAUUUAUCUAACUCAGCAAAAUGCAGAGACACAUCAAAGAAUUCUGAAAGAUGUUCUCCCAGUUGCUUCUCUAGUACAAUGUCCAGUCAGGCAUUCCAUUCAAGUGACUAUGCUACACCUCCACUUCCAGCUAAGAGGUCACCUCUUCCAAGAAGCAUAAGGAAUUCUUUUCCAAAUCCAAGUGUUAUAGAUGAAACUGGUUUCCAUCUGACUGGACAACAGGCAAGUUUACUCCCUUACGAAUCUGAGUGUCUUCGACAAUCUGGGUCCAUGUGCAGUCAAGUGCCUGGGUAUUCCUCAGAUCUUUUCACUGACCAUUCCCUUCCACUCAGUCUAAAAAGCCCAUCAGGAAAUGAAUCGCUUAUAGGGGAUUGGGAUAGCUUCCCCCAAACCAAGAGACCAGAAGACAUUCCCCAAAGGAAACCAAGAAGAGAGAGAACAGUGCACUUCCAGACACUGAAUGAGGUGGAAUCAAGAGAAGGCCAAGCUGCGUUACGGUCCAAGUUCAUGGCUACUAAGGUUGAAAAUAAGAAAUUAAGUGAUAAUGCUUCAGUGGAUUCAACGUUGCUUUAG